GCGCAGCAGUGUUAACUCCGGCUGACCUCGUUUGAUCUUUGGCCUGGGGAUGUGUGGAUGGCCCAACCUCGUAUCGGGGCAGUCGUACACACGAAGGUUUUGCGUAUGUCGGCAGAAGAUGCAUCAGGCCAUUGAGUCAUCUUCAGCGCUGUCGCGUUACUGCCCAACGCUCGAGGCCGAAAUGAGUCGCUUUCUUCUUUUCUUUAUCCUGCGUGCUCCACACAACUGGCUCCAACAUAUUCGUACUCAGACUGGCGCGAUCAUCCUCGAAAUGACAUAUGGCUACACUAUCGAUCCGAAAGGCCCAGAUGUCAUGAUCGAGCUUGCAGAUCGGGCAAUGGAACAGUUUUCUCAGGCAGCUAUUUCGGGAGCAUGGAUGGUGGAUAUAGUGCCUAUAUUACGCUACCUGACAGAAUGGCUACCAGAGGGUGGAUUAAAAAGGCAGCUAAGGAGUGGCAUCAGACUCUAAUUGAGACGACCGAGCGACCGAUGAAGUUUGUGAGGAGGCAAUUAGCCAGAGAGGUGAACAAGAGUGCUUUGUGAUCAACGAAUACCAAAAGAGUGAAGGCGAGAUGUCCGAAGACGACGAGUACAUCUUGAAAUGAAGCGCCAAUAGCAUGUAUACUGAAGGCACCGAUACCUCCGUACGAACACUCCAGGCCUUCUUUCUCGCCAUGAGAUCGAUCUUGGGGUAGGGGCUAGAAGGACUCCCACUAUUGAUGACCGAGCCUUCCUACCCUACGUCGAAGCCAACACGAAGGAAGCUCUUGGCUAGCAUCCUACCG